AUGGCGUCCCACUUUAUCCCAAUGACCCUCACGCCAAUCGAUCACAUGAUGCCCAUAUGCUACAUCACAUUCUUUUACUCAUUGUCGGUGAAGAAUCCGAGCCAAGGUGUCGAGGUCCUUGAUGAAGCCCUCGAGCGUCUGGUGAAAGAGUGUCCACUUCUUGCAUGCAAUGUGGGCCGGUCCAGCGCGAAUGACGCCGCCAGGGAGAAUGUCCUUGAGAUUCAGCCGGCUUCGAUAUACACAUUUGCUCAGUAUCCAUUACUGCGGGUCCGCCUGCAUGAGACUCAAUCCGUCACCGAUCGAGAUCCGGGUGACGGUCUGUUCGAUAACGCAUAUCGCGCACUCCCAUUAUCACUGGCCACUGAUUUUCCCUGUCCGAUCAUCCGCUGGCAGGCUAAUGUCAUGCGGGACGGAAUAGUUGUCGCCGUGUCUUUCCAUCACUCUGCCCUGGAUGCAGGUGGCUUCUACAUGAUACAGCAAACAUUGGCCCACCUCUGUCGAGAUCCGAAUCGCUCCCACCUGGGAAUCGACCUAGAGUCCGGCCUCCUCCAGGGUCGACGUUGCUUGGCCCAGAUGCCGACUAUCAGCCCUUGUGCUGACCUCCAACGAGAGGACGAGAGCAACGUCCGCAUGGCUGACUUUGACCUGCGAGUCAAUUUGGUCAGUUACCGACUCACACUCCUGCCCCGCAGAGUCCGAUCCCUUCAGAAUUCUUGCAAUGCGCAGGUCUCGGCAGGUGCUAUGAACUCAACUGGAAAGCAUUUGUCGUCCAAUGACAUUAUCUCAGGUCUUCUAUGGAGAUCUAUCAUAUUGGCUCAAUCGCAUUCAGAUGCGUCACAAAGUAUCGACUCUAGGGGUGAAAAAAGCUCUAUAAUCCUCAUAAGCGAGAUUCGUCGAAAGUUGAUGCCUGCUCUCCCUGCUUCCUAUCUGGGGAAUGCCAUAGUACAGCAGGUGGCGACUACGGAUACUAAAUCGGUGCUAGUACCAUCGACGCUCGAACAGAACGAGCUGGUCCAGCUGACGCACCUCGCCCAAAAGAUUCACGAUGCAUCAAUGCAGGUGACCGAUCUAAGUGUCAAGUCACUCCUGCGGCAGAAGCAGCGCGUGCUCGAUUGGCGUCCUCAAUUCAAGCAAGGAGACGUCACGUCGACAAGUCUCCGCCGGAUGCCAAUUUAUGAUCUCGACUUUGGGACUGUUCUCGGUAAAGUAAUUGGCUUUGAUAGUCCGGAUAAUAGGAUUGAAGGCACCGUGUGCAUGCUACCAGCGUCUUCAUCGUCCAUUGAUUCCCUGUGGGACAUCCGCAUCACGCUGCCUCCCAAUGUGCUUAGUCGACUGCGACAAGAUUCCUUAAUCCAGUGGGCAAUGGGCCUAGCUCUACACCCUCGCUUAUGA